AUGAAGAGACGUGCGCCGGGAAGAGGCGUGGCCUCCAAAAAGUCCAACAACAACGAGCUCUUGCUCCUUCACGACGAGCCCCCAGAACCUUUGGGCACCGUCAGCGCAGCGUCGCCUCGGCUUUUCCAUAGGGAUGCCCGGCGGGACUCGGCGGCACCAGAGGCUGCCGCGCUACGACGAGAAGCCGGCGGCAUGAUAUGCAACAAGAACGGAGACUGUCGAAGGGAGCCCACCAGCUCGGGGAGUCUCUCCUCACUCAUAUCCCGGCAAGAAAAGCACGCCGAUGGGGAAGUAGAAGCGGCCGAGGGCGGUAUGGACGCGGCGUCAGAGGGACCCGGGGCCGAGGUCAAGAGCCCCGCGGGGACGGAGAAGAAGGACUCCCGGGUGUCUUUCUCCAACGCGCCCGGCGGUAGAGGGCUGCACACCCCGACUCAGCUGUCCACGAAGGCGGAGGCGGAGGACGGCGUGGCCGACGACGGCGAGUCCAACCGGGGCCAGACGUACAUGCAGCGGCAGUUCAGCUCCAUGCUGCAGCCCGGGGUCAACAAGUUCUCCCUGCGGAUGUUCGGCAGCCAGAAGGCGGUCGAGAAGGAGCAGGAGAGGGUCAAGUCGGCGGGGAACUGGAUCAUACAUCCGUACAGCGACUUCAGGUUCUACUGGGAUUUCACCAUGCUCCUGUUCAUGGUGGGCAACCUCAUCAUCAUCCCCGUGGGCAUCACCUUCUUCAAGGACGAGACCACCACGCCGUGGAUCAUCUUCAACGUGGUGUCGGACACCUUCUUCCUCAUGGACCUGGUGCUCAACUUCCGCACGGGCAUCGUUUUCGAGGACAACACCGAGAUCAUCCUGGACCCCAAGAAGAUCAAGAGGAAGUACCUGCAGAGCUGGUUCGUGGUGGACUUUGUCUCCUCCAUCCCGGUGGAUUACAUCUUCCUCAUCGUGGAGAAGGGCAUCGACUCGGAGGUGUACAAGACGGCGCGGGCGCUCCGCAUCGUGCGCUUCACCAAAAUCCUCAGUCUGCUGCGCCUGCUCCGGCUCUCGAGACUCAUCCGUUACAUCCACCAGUGGGAGGAGAUCUUCCACAUGACGUACGACCUGGCGAGUGCUGUGAUGCGAAUAUUCAACCUGAUUGGCAUGAUGCUGCUGCUGUGCCACUGGGAUGGCUGCUUGCAGUUCCUGGUGCCCAUGCUGCAGGACUUCCCCUCUGAUUGUUGGGUGUCACUCAACAAGAUGGUGAACGACACGUGGAGCGAGCUCUACUCCUUUGCGCUCUUCAAGGCCAUGAGUCACAUGCUGUGCAUCGGCUACGGACGCCAAGCCCCCGAGAGCAUGUCGGACAUUUGGCUCACCAUGCUCAGUAUGAUCGUAGGGGCCACCUGCUACGCCAUGUUCAUUGGCCACGCCACCGCACUCAUCCAGUCUCUGGACUCGUCCAGGCGACAGUACCAGGAGAAGUACAAACAAGUGGAGCAGUACAUGUCAUUCCACAAGCUGCCGGCAGAGUUCCGGCAGAAGAUCCACGACUACUACGAGCACAGAUACCAGGGAAAGAUGUUUGAUGAGGAGAGCAUCCUGGAGGAGCUAAAUGAGCCUCUGAGAGAGGAAAUCGUCAACUUCAACUGCCGCAAGUUGGUGGCGUCCAUGCCGCUGUUCGCCAACGCCGACCCCAACUUCGUGACGGCCAUGCUGACCAAGCUGCGCUUCGAGGUCUUCCAGCCGGCCGACUACGUGGUGCGCGAGGGCACCAUCGGCAAGAAGAUGUACUUCAUCCAGCACGGCGUGCUCACCGUGCUCACCAAAGGCAGCGUGGGCAUGAAGCUGGUCGACGGCUCCUACUUCGGAGAGAUCUGUCUGCUGACUCGUGGCCGACGGACAGCCAGCGUGCGGUCAGACACGUACUGCCGCCUGUACUCGCUCUCUGUGGACAACUUCAACGAGGUCCUAGAGGAGUACCCCAUGAUGAGGCGCGCCUUCGAGACGGUCGCCAUCGACAGGCUGGACAGGAUAGGUAAGAAGAACUCGAUCCUGAUGCAUAAAGUUCAGCACGAUCUCAACUCUGGGGUGUUCAACAACCGCGAGAACGAGAUGAUCCAGGAGAUCGUCAAAUACGAUCGUGAGAUGGUUCAACAGGUGGACGUGCCACGACCGCAGCCCUUGUCUAUAACGCCGCCUCAGCACAGUGGAAUUUUUACUCCGCCGGGUUCCUCUCAACAGCCCCAAAGUUUCGCUAUCGCCAACUUGCAGCAGGCUGUAGCCAUGAGCCUUUGUCCGCCCACGCAAGGGAACUCGGUGGGGGCCGGGUCGUUACAGUCUCCCAGGAUGGUGAGGAGAUUCCAGGUGUUGCAGAAUAUAUCCAGCCCCGCCUCGCCGUUGCAUUCGCAACUCCUUGCUUCUGGUGGCUUUGCUCCAGUCCUGUCCAGCCCCUCGGUCCAGAGCCCCCGGUAUUUACCUUAUGGAUCCAGCAUCCUGGCUGGUCCCGCCGCGGGCUCCCAACUGUCUUUGGUCCAGCAACACACGGCGAGCCCUGCGCACCACCCCAGCACGCGUAAGAGCACCCAUUCCUUGCCAAUGGAGAACCUCAGCCAGGACACCAGGGCGCUGUCGGCCUCUCAGCCCUCGUUGCCACAUGAAGGGAUUCACCCGGGAGCCCCCAGUCCAACCCCAUCCACUCGUGUUUCCUCUACUUCCAUCGGACCCGCUCAGACCCCAUCGGGCCACGCGGGUGUCUGCAGCGCCGUACCGCACAAGAUUGUGCUGCCCCACCAGAUGUCAGCGGGGGCCUUCGGCACAGGUGCAGCGUUCGCAUUAGGAACUCCUGUCGGGGACUUUGGUCCGUCCCAAGAAGGACUCCAUCGUGAGCCUUCCGGAGACGGAGCAGAUUAA